AUGUGUAUCACCUCCCUGCGGUUGUUUCAAACAAACAUGGAGGAGAAAGAGAGGGAUAAGAAACCUGACAACUCAGAUAGAAAUAAAAACCCAGAUAAAAAUAAAAAAGGCUCCACUUCCAGCUCAAGUGUUUCGGCAGUAUCACAAGAUGACGAGGCUUCUAAAUUAGACGUAUGUUCUGAAAAGUUCGACCCACGUUUGGCACUAUACGCGCCCGUGGUUCCGCUCCCUUUUCCAAACAUUAAAUGUUUUAACAACGUCGCCGAAUACGAAGGCUUCAUAAAGGGGGGCCGGGGUAGAGCCAAGCCGGAGAAUGUGGAGAAAAAGCGUCGGGAAGCCAUGAAAGGGGUCGCAGAUCCAGAGCGCAUCGAAAGGCUCAAGAAGCUGAUGGUGAACAAGAAGUUGGCGGAUGAAGGAGACGAGGGAGGAAGCAGCAAUCCCACACCACAGCGACGGCGACACAAGCCCAUAAAAAAUGUUCUGACUAGGAUGACAGUAUGCCAAGGCAGCCCUUUGGGCGAGCUGCACAGAUGUGUUGAGCAGCGAAUAAGAGUCAAAGUUCACAUCAGGACCUUCAAAGGUCUGCGGGGUGUGUGCUCCGGCUUCGUCGUGGCUUUUGACAAGUUCUGGAAUUUGGCCAUGGUUGACGUCGAUGAAACAUACCGAGAGCCUCUUCUCGGAAAGGCUUUGUACCAUGAGAAAGCGCUCACCAUUUCAAGGCUCUUUGAGAAGCUGAAGCUUCAGGACAACUCCUGCAGUGAAGGUGCAGCAACAAAGCAUCACGUCCAGGGAGAAAGAAGCCAGCAUCCACUUUUGAACCCGAAGGACUCUUCAAAGCACUCGUCUGCUCACUUUGCCAAGUGGAGAGGUAAUGACGAGAUAUCAGAGACGCCCAAGGAUCCAAAAGCGAGUCAGGAAAAGGAAUGCAAAGUGUACGGCAAGGUUCGUACUCGCCACAUCAACCAAUUAUUUAUCCGGGGGGAGAAUGUUCUCCUUAUAAACCCUGAAAGUUUAUGA